AUGCUUCCUAAGCACAAACUACCGAAAGUCUGCAUUGACAAUCUUCGCAUAACCUCCAAAAUUGUUUGUUUUCCGCAGUCAUUCGAGAGGCAAGAUACCCUAGCAAUAUCUGAAGCCCUAUACCUUAAAACUCCUCCCAUCGAAACAAAUACACUAAAUGAAGUUCUGAUCGAAGCAUGUGAAUUCAUGGGAGAACAACGUGAAAAAAGAGGUCGAGUCGUAAUAGUAACAACUGAAUACGAUAAACUGGGGACAACGCUUGCAAUGGCAUAUUUUAUAAGACAAGAACGGAAAACAGUGAAAGAAGCUUGGACAGCUGUGCGCACAAUGUAUUUCGCACUCCGACCAAGAUGGGAAUAUCUUGAAAACUUGGCCUUAUUUGAGCAAAAUGUGAAAAACAUGGAACAUCCAACUGUUGUAAACGAUGAAGAAUUCCUCUAA